UAGUAUAUAAAUAGGGCUCCAAAAUGGUGUAUGAAUCACUUGGAGAUGGAAAUGGGAAAGUAUGAGUUGUUAAUGGUGAUAUUAAUAGUGAGUGGAUAUGGUUUUGUUGAUGGUCUGAGAAUGGAUUAUUAUUUCAUGAUGAAUUGCCCAUUUGCAGAGGGAAUAGUGAAGAACAUUGUGAAUAGGCAUUUGCAAGCUGAUCCUACUCUUGCUGCUGCCCUUGUCAGGAUGCACUUCCACGAUUGCUUUGUUGAGGGAUGUGAUGCAUCGGUGUUGAUUGAUUCAACAAAGGAUAACACAGCAGAAAAGGAUUCGCCAGCAAAUUUAAGCUUGAGAGGCUAUGAAAUCAUUGAUGAAGUCAAAGAACAACUCGAAAUCCAAUGCCCUGGAGUCGUCUCUUGUGCUGAUAUUCUUGCCAUGGCUGCAAGGGAUGCUGUCUUCUUUGCUGGAGGUCCAGUGUAUGACAUACCAAAAGGAAGAAAGGAUGGAACAAGAUCAAGAAUAGAAGACACAAUCAAUCUACCUCCCCCCACACUUAAUAGUUCAGAGCUUAUCAGAUUGUUUGGCCAACGUGGCUUCACUGCUCAAGAGAUGGUGGCUCUAUCUGGUGCACAUACACUAGGAGUGGCAAGAUGCUCAUCAUUCAAGCAUAGAUUGAGUAACUUUGAUUCAACACAUGAUGUGGAUCCAACUUUGGAUGCUCAAUUCGCCAAGACUCUAUCAAAAAGAUGCACUAGUGACAAGUCUGAGCAGGCCUUUGACACCACAAAAGAUACUUUUGACAAUGACUACUAUAAUGCUUUACAAAGGAAUACUGGUGUCCUCUUCUCUGAUCAAACUCUUUACAACAACCCUAGAACUAGAGGCAUUGUCAAUGCUUAUGCCUUUAAUCAAGCUAUGUUCUUCCUUGAUUUCCAACAAGCCAUGCUUAAAAUGGGCUUACUUGAUGUCAAAGAAGGCUCCAAGGGGGAAGUGCGAGCCAACUGUCGUAUCAUCAAUUGAUUAUU